UUUCUUCUCUACUUUUCCCUCCGUUCCACUUUUCUCUCUCACAAUUCCCUUCUUCUGUCGCUCUUGAACCUCGAUUCCUUUCGCUCUCCAAGGCUACCUUCUCUCCCUCUUCCACCGUGCGAUCUUUGUCUCACAAAUUACCAACCACACUUUCUUGCUAAAAAAACCUUCACUGCUUUCUCUGUUGCUAGAGGUUGCUUUCUCUUCUGCUCCCGCAGGGCCUUCAGUUCUCACUUAGAUUCCAGAGUAGAAGCCCAUAAAGCUAAUAUGGCAAAGCGAGAGCUUUCCAGCACUCUCAGGAACUUAAAAGUUUAUGCAAAGAGCAACUUAGAAAGAGGUGAAGAAAGAAGAAGAUGUCAAACCAUACCUUAUCACCUCAGAAUUUUACGUUUAAUAACCAAGUGGAUUACUUUACUUGGUUGGACCUGUUUUUAUAGCUAUAUUUCAACCUUUCCUCUGAUGGCUUUUAACGAUUGGAUUUCUCGAGUCUACUUUCCAUGCUUUGACCAUUUCAUUUGGCAGAGGGUUCUGGGUUUUGGAGAAUUCUUCAUUAAAUUGGUUUUGCAGAAUUUUUUGUGAUUAAAUUUCUGGGUUAAGUAGCGGUUUUUGAGGUUGUGGUCUCC